AUGGCAGAGAAUGGCACCACGGUGACAGAAUUUGUUCUGAUGGGAUUCCUGCUGCAGGCAGAGUUGAAGAUGGUUCUCUUUUUUGUAUUCCUGGCCCUUUAUCUCAUCACCAUGGGGGGAAACCUGGGAAUGAUCAUGUUAAUUCAGAGUGACCCCCGACUCCAGACUCCCAUGUACUUCUUCCUCAGUCACCUUUCCUUCCUGGACCUUUGCUACUCUUCUGUUAUUGUCCCUCAGUUGCUUGAGACCUUGAGAACGGAUAAGAUGGUCAUCACCUAUGAGCGCUGUGCUACUCAGUUCUUCUUUUUCACCCUUUAUGCUAGUACAGAAUGCUUUCUUUUGGCAGUGAUGGCCUAUGACCGCUACAUGGCUGUAUGUAACCCCCUCCUCUAUGCUACAGCCAUGACAGCACAGACCCGUCUGGGGCUGGUGGCUGCAGCAUAUGCAGGUGCCAUGCUCAAUUCUGUGGUCCGCACUGGGUGUACCUUCUCCAUCUCUUUCUGUAAGUCCAACCAAGUGGACUUCUACUUUUGUGAUCUCCCACCCCUGCUGAAACUUGCCUGUAGUGAGACUGGACCACGGGAGAAGGUAAUCUUCCUCUUAGCUUUCUUGGUCAUCACAACCAGCAUUUCAGUUAUUCUUAUGUCUUAUGUAUUCAUCAUUCGGGCUAUUAUGAAGAUUCACACAGCAGGUGGCAAAGCCAAGACCUUCUCCACUUGUGCGUCUCACAUGACUGCAGUGGCUCUUUUCUUUGGAACACUCAUAUUCAUGUACCUGAAAGGUAACAUGGGAAAAUCCCUCUGGGAAGACAAGAUUGUAUCAGUAUUUUACACUGUGGUCAUCCCCAUGCUCAACCCAAUGAUCUACAGCUUGAGAAAUAAGGAGGUGAAGGAGGCCAUGAAGAAAGUUUUAAACAGGAUGAGGGGUUCCCAAGCAGAAUAA